GGCAUUUGGAAGCGCUCUCGCUUCUGUCAGUGAAACCCAAAUAUACCUGCGCCUCUAAUGUGUGGUGUCGGCGUGAGAAGAGGAACUAUACGGCAACGACUUUGGAGAACGUCAUUUUAUUUUUUUAAGUCAGACCAACCAGCAGCACAGGUGGACGCGGCUCUCGUGGCAUGACUACCACAAACAAGGGAAACAAGGCCUUGAAGGUGAAGCGGGAGCCAGGAGAAAAUGGCACCAGCCUGACCGACGACGAGCUGGUGACCAUGUCGGUGCGGGAGCUGAACCAGCAUCUACGGGGCCUGACGAAGGAUGAAAUCCUCCAGCUGAAGCAGCGGCGGCGUACCCUGAAGAACCGGGGCUACGCUGCCAGCUGCCGGGUGAAGCGCGUCACCCAGAAAGAGGAGCUGGAGAAGCAAAAGGCUCAGCUGCAGCAGGAAGUGGACAAGCUGGCCACAGAGAACGCCAGCAUGAAGGUGGAGCUCGACGCUCUGCGCUCAAAGUACGAGGCCCUGCAGAGCUUCGCUAGGACUGUGGCCCGCAACCCUGUCAUCUCAGCCAGGGGACCCAUGGGCUCCGUCAUAGGGCCCCUCAUCCCUGGUAAAGUAGCUGCCACCAGCGUCAUCACCAUCGUCAAAUCCAAAACGGAGGCUAGGUCGUAGUAGCAGAA